AGUUGCCAAACACAUUUACUGCACACAACAAAUUGUUUAUUAUUCAGUCGAAAGCUACACUUAAAUACAAAGUGCAUUUAAACAACAAACCAUAUUCAAAUAAUUGUUUAAUAUAUUGUCACACAAGUAACUGAAGCCUUGUUAGCGAACAAAACAAAAAGCGGCGUGCGCUGAAAAAUUAGACAAAUAAAUACCACGCGACUUAAUUUCAGCAUACAAAUUGUUUUGUUUGCGCUACGGCAUUUUGCCCUUUUAUUUUCCUCAAUUGUAUUUCAAAAUUGCAAAGCUGUCACUAAAAGCAUAUAAAAUUGGCAAGAUAAAUAAGCACAGCUCAAAGAUGCCGCCAGCGUCUGCGGUAAAUAAUAAUAAUGCAGCUGCACAAGCGGCAGCUGCCGAAAGAGCCGAAAAAUUGCGAGGGUCACUCAAAGGGUUCAUAUUAGCGGAUCGACAGAGAAGACAAGAAGAGUAUGAACGACAGGUGGAGGAGUUGCGACUGCGACGCGAGCAGGAAGCACGUGAACGCGAGAACAACUUGUCGUUGGAGGACACACGUGGACAGAUCACCAGACUGGAUGAACAAUUGGCCGACUUGCAUCAGAAGAAGCAUCAGCUAGUGGUGCAGCUGAAGAAGGUGCUGAACGAUGACGAGACGCGCAAGAAGCAGGCCAAGGAGAAUGAAUUAUUUGCGCUGCAGCAAGCACAAGCUCUGCAGGCCCAAGCAAGUGUUGCAACUGCGCAGGUGUUUAUGCCACCUGUGCGCUUGCAGCACCAUCAAAUGCCCAUGCUGCAGAAGCCCCCUGGCAGUCAAUCCACAUCUGUAAAACGUGGUCGCAGCCCCUCGCCGCCUAGCCAACAACAGCAGCAGCAUCAGGCGUACUACAAGAGUCCCGCCAGCUAUGCGCCACAACAGCAAAAACACGAUGACUACCGUCGUGCCGCGGACUAUGCUAAAAUGUCAUGGAACAAGCAAACGCCACAAUAUCCAAGCACUGGUACCUUGUUCUAUCAGACGACAGCGGCGCCACCAACGACACAGGCUCAUCAGGUGGCCGAUGCACGGCUGCAGUCCAUCUACAAUUACAGUCUGCCACUGCGACCCGCUUACCACGUAGAGUUGCAGUCGGGUCCAAGUGCAACGGUCAGCAAAGCGCCGCCCGGUUCACAGUCCCCAUCCCCAUCAUCAUCACAAGCAGCUAAAGUGUCGCAGCAGCCAAUGCAAGUGCUCCACAUCAAUUUGGAUCAACCGCCGCCCAUUUCACAGGCCGACCUCGUGCAGGUGCAAUCGGUGCAAACGUCCAAGCCGCAGGUGACCAUGGAGAAGCUGUCGGAUCGCUAUCACAUUGAAGUAAAGCACGAUGGUGUCGGAGUGGGCGUGGCACCGCCGCCGCCACCGCAUCUACUGUCCGAGGGUGUUAUCUAUAAGCCGCACUUGGGAGAGCUGCCGCUGCACCCGAAUGUGCUGCAGAUAAGCACAAGCUCAGCACAGAAUCCCAAGGCGUCGGGCAGCAUUACGCAGGGAUAUGCGCCAGGACGUGGCGCAAGCGCUUAUGAUCAGCAGUUGGCCAGACAACAACAGUUGGCCAUGCUGCCAGGACAACCGGGCGCCGCAUCCGGAGCUGGACAGCCGCCACAUGGCCAACAGUUGCAGUACUCGCGCCGCUUGUAUUAAUUCUACUACGUUAAUUGCUAAGCUCACGCGUAAUUUUACAAUUUUAAUAUGGAUAUAAUUUUGAUUUGAUUUAAUUCGAUUGAUUGAUUGACUAACGCGCUGCUUUGCAGCAGCAACGAAAUAAAGCACACAACUAUGGCGUCCCUAUUUUCCAA